AUGAAGAAGCAGAAUACCACCACCGCCACCGGACGCGGCCGCCAGCAACCGGAGCUUUUUUGGCCGCGCAUCGUUGUGCGCAAGUUACUCAACAUCAACGCCAAGAACUCCGAUUACUCUGCCGAUUCUGACUCCGGCUCAGAUUCCGACCAAGAAAUUUGUGAUUGGCCGAGAGAAUCACGAUUUAAGAAGGAGAAAAGUGAUGAAGUUCAGAUCGAUGAUAAUGCUAUGCAUACUAUCCCAGAGGCUCUUCCCAGGCUAAGGAGACGAAAUUCAGAGACAUUUAGAGCUCAGUAUAUAAACAAUAAGAAAAUCAGAAUAUGUGCUGCCACAUGGAAUGUUGGUGGAAGAGUUCCUUCAGACGACCUAGAUCUUGAUGAUUGGAUAGAUAUUAAUGAUCCCGCGGAUUUGUAUGUAAUUGGGAGAAUAAUCUGGCUGGGUGACUUAAAUUAUCGCAUCAAUUUGUCCUAUGAGAAAACAAGAGAGCUGAUCUCCAAUAAGGACUGGUCCAACUUAAUUAAGUAUGAUCAGCUAAUCAGUGAGUUCAGAAAAGAUCGUGCAUUUGAUGGAUGGUCUGAAGGUACUUUGAACUUUGCACCCACUUACAAAUAUGAGACAAAUUCCAAGUCUUAUUCUGGAGAGGACCCGAGGGCUGGGAGGCGAACUCCUGCAUGGUGUGAUCGUAUUCUUUCCUUUGGGACGGGCAUGAGAUUGCUAAGCUAUAGGAGGACUGAACUUAUGCUAUCUGAUCACCGACCUGUGAGUGCCUCUUUUACUGUGGAUGUGGAAGAAUUUUCUUCAAGGAAGUUGCAACGAGCACUCACCCUCACUGAUGCCGAAGUUGAAGAGAGAGAUAUUGGAAUUUGUCAUGGGAUUAGCAUGUUAAGAUCAGGAGAGGAUGCAUCAUAUUGGGAGCGUUAA